AUGGCGGAGGGCGGAGACACGCUGAGUGCCGAUAGGUGGUCUGUGAUCGCUCAGAGGACGAGGGGCCAUGCCUGGGUCCUGGCCCGUGAGAGAGGCUUGGUACAGAGAGUGGCCGGGCUUGGAGAAGCUGACGCCGCUCGAGUGGCAGGGCCGCAGUCCAAGAGAGCGGGACAGGGGGCAGAGAGGGGUUUCCUCGGCCCACUGUGCUUCUCAGGCUUGGAGCCACACUCCCAGGGUGACCCUGGGCGGCUACACAGUUUCCAGGGACCUGGGGAACACAGGGCCCGGCUGGACCCUUUCUAUUCUGAGUGCUCGUGGACCAGGCUCUGGGGGCCCCUUGGUGACGAGGCACUGAAUGCCAAGGGCAAGAAGUUCCUGCUGGGGCAGGUGGCGCAGCUCCUGGCCCUGCAGUUGGCAGAGGGUCGGCUCCCAGGCCUCAGGGUCAAGUACGUCUUCCUGGUCUGGCUGGGCAUCUUUGCGGGCAGCUGGAUGGUGUACGUGCACUACUCGUCCUACUCAGAGCUGUGUCGCGGCCACGUCUGCCAGGUGGUCAUCGUAAGUGUUGCUACUGACAGCCCGUCCUGCCUGGCAGCCAGAGCCCUGCAGCGCCUGAUGACCAGGGUUAUGACGCCUCCUGUCCACUCGGAGGGACCUGCCCUGUGGCAGCAGGAACUCCUGGGCAUCGAGCAGGCCUGGAUGGGUCCCCUGUUCUUGGAGGACUCGCUUGUUCCAGAAGUGCCUGGCAGUGCCCUCCAGGCGGACCCGGCAAGGCCAGGUCACGCUCCCAGACUCCACAGCCACCGGGUUCCCCUCUCUUCUGCUCCCGAAUGCCAGGCGAACCUGGGUGACCUGCCCUCCCUGCCGGCGCUGGUCGGCCAGGUCCUCCUCAUGGCCGACUUCAACAAGGACAGCCACGUGUCUCUGGCGGAAGCCAAGUCGGUGUGGGCGCUGCUGCAGCGAAACGAGUUCCUGCUGCUGCUGUCGCUGCAGGAGCAGGAGCACGCCUCGCGGCUACUGGGCUACUGUGGCGACCUCUACCUCACCGAAGGCGUGCCCCACGGCCCCUGGCACGCAGCUGCGCUGCCCUCGCUGCUGCCGCCGGCGCUGCAGGGGGCCCUCCAACGCUGGCUGGGGCCCGCAUGGCCCUGGCGCGCCAAGAUCGCCAUCGGCCUGCUGGAGUUCGUGGAGGAGCUGUUCCACGGCGCCUACGGGACCUUCUACAUGUGCGAGACCACACUGGCCAACGUGGGCUACACGGCCACCUACGACUUCAGGAUGGCCGACCUGCAGCAGGUGGCGCCUGAGAACGCAGUGCGCCGCUUCCUGCAGGGCCGCCGCUGCGAGCACAGUGCUGACUGCACCUACGGGCGCGACUGCCGGGCGCCCUGCGACAGGCUCAUGCGGCAGUGCAAGGGCGACCUCCUGCGGCCCAACUUGGCCAAGGUGUGCGAGCUGCUGCGUGACUACCUGCUGCCCGGCGCACCCACUGAGCUCCGUGAGGAGCUGGGCUCACAGCUGCGCACUUGUGCCACGCUCAGCGGGCUGGCCAGCCAGGUGGAGGCGCACCACUCGCUGGUGCUCAGCCACCUCAAGAGCCUGCUGUGGAAGGAGAUCUCCAACACCAAGUACUCCUAGUCCGCGCCCGACCGCCUGCUGGGGCCGGCAGGCAGGGUGGCCUUCCCCCGCCAGGCGUUGGCGAGAAGUGUGGGAGCUGCCCCACGGCAGUAACCCUGCCUUCAAGCUCAGGUCUCCUGGAUUCCGGCAACCCAGCUGGGACCACCUUAGCUCAGUGGGGAGAAGCUGGGGAGGGGAGGGGAGACUGGCCACCCAGGCCAGCUGGGUUGUCGCUGCAGAACAUGGUGUACAUAAGUAGCUUCCAUGUGAUGCCAAGUGUCUGAGAACUCAGGAACCCCACUGGGGCUCAGAUUGGGGGGUUCCCCCUUGCUGAAGGAGUGGCAUUCUCAGGCUGACCUUUCCCCCCAGCCCCAGCACCUGUGGGGUGGUACCUUGCAAGGGUGAGGGCUACUCUGGGGCCUUGCCUGACCCCUCCUUGAACUUGUAAAGCUGUUCCAGUGUCAGGGUUGUAACUAGGGUACAGGGUCAGUGGGGCUGACCCUGCAUCUUUGGUCAGUAGCCAAUGACCAGCACUCCAUGCCUGGAUCAUGGCAGGGCUUCUCACAAGCGCCAUGGGCAGACCAAGAAGAUGGUGUUCCAGUAACAAAACAAACUUACAGUAUUUUGUAAAAAAAUGACUUUAAUGCUGACUUUAUAGAAGUUGGUCAUUAGACAUACAAUUCAUCGUCCAGAAAACAGCAAGUAAAGUGAUGGUUCCCGUCUUUCUCCCACCCCUGCAUUAUCCUGGACAGGGUUGUACCCACAGGGGAAGGUCCCAACAGCAGGGCCAGAAAAGGGGUAUUUCAGCCAAGAUACAACCUGUGCCACACAAGACCAAUUCAAAACAACUCAAGUCUUGCCGACACAGAAAAACUUUCCUUGAAGAAAAGUGCAUUAAACAAAUCUUUUAAUUCACCUCCUCA